CAUUAUUGGAAAAUUAAUUAUGCUCAAUUUGUUGCUAACAAUUCAUUGCCAUCUACGAUUAAAUAUUCUGACAGGUAUCACCUGCAUCAAAAGUGGGAGAAGCUGUAGCCAGAGGGAUUUCAUACAGAACAUUUCUUGAAAAUCCGUCAAGUUCUGAAUUUCUCUCCAUCCAAUGCAUCUUCAUAACAUUGCGAUCAGGAUGUCUUCACUGUGAGAUCUGUUCUUAUAAGUAUCAGAUAGUAAGUUAUAUUGUCACGAGAACUCAUAUUACUCACAAGCCUUACUUGUAAAACAACUCAUCCCCCCAAAAAAUUUCAAAAGCACCUCCAUAAUCACAAAAUCACUGAUGAACAAGUCCGAGUAUGGGACUUACUGCCCUACAAUUGAGUCUCUCAGGUACUUUAUUUUCAGACAUUAAACUUGUCAGUGUGAGGGCUCUGAUCACAGAUUAUGCAUUCAAGUGAGUUAAUAUUCCAACAUCAAGAGGGUAAACAAUAAAUCUCCCACCAGUCUCCCCACAGGACGGUUGCGCUAGCUCCGCCCCGCAUCUGCGUUCCUACGGCAACGUAUCAUAGCUUCCCCCGAGAGGAUCAUGGGAAAAAAACAAGCUCUAAGCUACUGGACCGGAGGGAGUUUCGAAAUAUUUCAACGAUAGGCCACGGUUCUAAACAUGCGAUACUAUAAUUAUGUUACACGUCUGAUGUGAGCGCGAAAGAGGGAUUGUGAUAUUAAAAAAAAAAAAAAAUCAAACCCCUCCCCGAAUGAUUAAUCACGGCGAGGAACUGAUGCUGUCUGUCAAACAUGGAGCUGAAGUUGGAGGUUGUUCUGUCGUCCAGCAUCAAGAGGAAGAAACCGUGGCCGCGGUUCUGCUGGCUCGGGCAGGAGAAGGAGUCUGUGUUCCUGUUAGAUGACAAACGGAUCAGUGAGAUCAACAUGGUCUCCGGCCGCACAAAGAAGAGGACGCCCAAACUCCAUCCUUUGCUCAACAGUGUCGUGACAAUGGCUUCGUCGCACAAUGGGACGUGGCUUUGUGGAGUUUUGCUCUCGGGAGAACUCUUUCUGUGGAACAGGGAUAAAGACUUGUUGAAGACGGCUGCAGCUGCCCCAGAAGUAGUUCAAGCAGUUACUUCUGGUCAAGGAAAGGCAGCAGCGCGGUUCUCUCUCAAGGUUUCGGGGGAUGGGAUGCGUGUGCUACUGGUGGCCUUAACAGGACACGUCUUCCUAUGGGAGUGCAUGGACGUCAGGGAUUUAGCGGGAGUACGAGACGGCACCGUCAGGGGACACUGGGCACACAUACAGCCCCUCGAGGACACCGCUCUGCCUUCUUCACAGGACAAAGAAGCAUCCCAACACACAGUUUUUGUAAAGACAGAGGCUGUGGGUGAUGCCUGCUUUUCAGCCUUUGUGUUCACAUCAGGGAAGAAGCUAAUAAUCACCUGUCUGAAAAUUCAGUGGGAAGAGGGCCACAUGAGAGUGGGUUCUGUGGGAUAUAACAUACAGUGGGCCACCAAAACAUACCCCAUGUCCCACCUAACCCCUCCCUGCCAACCGGUCAAGUCUAGAGGGGCCCUGGUGCCAGUCUUCUCCCCUGAUGGAAAACUGUUGGCCGUUGUCCUGAACCAGAGACAGCCAAAGGCUACACAGGUCCUUUAUGUGAGCACACAAAAUUUCCUCUCAGUAUCAAGUGGCCUGGGAGGAUGUGGGAUUAAGGCAAUGGCGAUCCCGUGCAAAUACAUAAGGUCUUACUGGGUGAGCAGUGUGAGCUGGUCGUCCUGCAGCCUCUUCCUGGCUUGUGUUCUCAAGAGAGGUUCCCUGCUCAUGUUGGCUCGCCUUAGCGGCCUCCUCACUCUCACGAGCUCCGGUUGCAACGUCGACUUUGGGCCAGCGCAAUUCCUCCCCCUGCACCCUCUUGUCACUUAUCGGCCACCAGUGUCUGCAGGCACAGGAGACGCCUCUCUGUCCAGCUCUAGCUUGUCCGUGAGGGAUGUUCUGAGGCAGCGAUACUCCGUGACCUGGCAUCCACGACUGUUGUAUCUCAUUGUGUCUGAUGGCUACAUGGCCACAGUCAUGAGGGUGCUGGACAGGCCUUCUCCUGCCGUGUUGCUCAAAGCCCUUCUAACGGACACAAACAAGGAUCUCGAGAAGGCCAGCCAGAAGCUGGAUAAAUCGCAGUUUCACGUGAGGGCAUGGUUGGAGUCUGUCUCUUGCCUGAAACUUGACAGCAGCCUCGAGUCUCUCAACCCCGUCGGUACAUGUGCUCUCAACACCGCAGACUCUGUCUUUUCAGCAGCCACAGCUGGAUCCACUCUGCCACUUUUCCUGCAGGACCAAGGGACUUUAGGUGGAACCAAGGGGCUUCUUGAGAAAGUGCAGGCUUACCUUGACGAUGACUCUGAUUUCGAUGGACCUCCUGCUGGUUCUCAUGUGGAGGAAGGCGGUCGUUUGGAGUUUGCCUCAAUGUUUGACACUCUCCAUGCCCUGGACACACACACGGACACCAGACUUGUUACCAGUCCAGAUUCUGAAAGGGACUUUGUUGCGGCAGAGAGGAAGACUCCUCUUCUUCAUCGUGAACUCAGGAAAAUCCAGAGUAAGCUGCUGACAGCCUGGGCUUUUAGCAUGUCUCUAGGAAAUGCGGUGGAACACAGGGCUCGUCUGCUGAAGCAUACCCUCCUUUGCGUGGUGCGAUUCGCUGCUUUGCUCCAUUUGAUCCCCAGCUCCACGGUCCACACAGGAAAAAAGAAACACUCAGGUGCUUCUCGCCUCCUCCAUCUCAUCAAAGCCCUUCUAUCUUUUCUUCCCUGGGAUAGCCCUCACUCAGGUGGGCCAUGCUGCCUGGGCCUGGUGGUAGAACUCAGUAAACGGCUGGUACGCGUCUUGCUGACCCCUCACCCUGAGUCCUACCAGACCAGUCACUGUCAGCUAUCAUCCCAACAUCUCUCCACCACCCUGCACAUCUUGCAGCUGGUCUCUGAUUCUCUUGACCGCACUUACAGACUGGAGCAAAGAAGUAUCUGGUCCUCGGCAGAGAAGGAAUCUCUUUCACAGCUGCAUCAGCUAUGGCCUUCGGAUGUGCACUAUGUGCCUCUGCUACAGGAUGAGAGGGAAAAGAAUCUCGUGCCCUCACUACAUCAGUCACAACCUGUUCCGCAGCGACCAUCCAGCAGAUUGUUUGGAGUGUGGCAGUGGGUGUACAAGGCCACCCAGCAGUAUGUGGAAGAACUGAGAAGCUUCGAAGGCUGCGAUGGCUGGGAGGAGGAACAGCAACAGUUGUCUCUCAUCGUGUCCCAGAUCCAAAUGGCUCUGCAGGCGACAGGAGAAAAGCUAGAGGCGGGUCCUGCACUGCUGAGUUACCCAGGUGAACAUCUUUUCCUGUGCGGCUUCUAUGCAAAAAGUGCUGAUGCUUGGCGGUCACAAAUUUGUGAAGAGAGUAAUAAAAUUUGUGAUCGUAGGGUCUUCCAGGAGGAACGGAUUUGUCUGGGGCUCCUGUACAGUCUCUUGACCCAGUAUCGUCUGAGGGAAGCCCAAGAGUUGGGGGACCACAUGGCACGCCUCAUACUGCACAGGGCCGGACAUCAGAAGGAAAACAAAAAAUCUAUAACAGCAGAUUCUCUUCCUUGUAUGUGGCUCCCGACGGACCUUCACAAUGACGCAGCCUGUGCCGUGAUUCAGAGCCUUGGAAGGUUCAUGGCCUCUUACUUCGCCAAUCAACCUCUCCAGAUCCUGCCCCCUCACAAUGUGGCCGUCCUGCCUCCACUACAUUUACCUCAUGCCCCAAAUGUUGGGCGCUUGGUGCCGCUAUGCCAGGAGGAGGUGGCUACAGCAGUUCGACGACAGCACCUGUCAGAGGUGUGGACAGUGGACUACGCCCUUGACCUGCUCCUGCUUGGGGGUCUGCUUCCUGAGGCCGCAUGGCUGGCGUACCGUCUCGGGGACUGGAAGACAGCGGUUUCUCUGAGUCUGGCCUACACAAGCUAUUGCACUGACAACCUCGACUUCGCUCGGCUGAAGAGGAGAGAGCUCCACAUCCCAACAGAUUUGGAAGCAAAGAGCAUUUUUCAGGCUGAGUUGGAGAAUCUUCUUGGCAAUAAGCCUGACUCCCAGGAGAACAAAGACAAGGAUGAUGACAAGAGCUUUUCAGACCCUUUGGAAGGAGAGGAAUGGGAUUUACUACUGGUUUCCAUGAAGGAGAUUCUGAAAGCAUCGGUCAUGGCUGGCGUGAAUGUUAUGUCUUCACCCUUGUCUUCCUUGCUGGACACAGCCAAAGACUUGUGCUCCUGCCUCCCUAUGUUGGUUCCCAAUGGGCUGUAUCUACCAUCUCCACCUCUUUAUUGCCCUCAGCCUUCCCCCAACACACAGGACCCGAUAGGGACAACAGGGCAGUUUGCAGAAGUUGAAUCGCGUCACAAGGUAUCCGGGGUUCUCCAAAGAUUACUUUUACUUCUGAGAUCUGCUCGUUGUUGCCACCCCGCUGCCCAGUGGUACAUCACCCACCUGCGCCGUGCCAGACACCUACUACACAAGAUCAAGAGGAAGUACUCAUAUCCAGGAGCUGCUGAGGAGGAGAGGACUUUCCCAGAGGGCCUGAUGAAGUUUGUCACCCACAGUGGAUUCUUCAGACGGGGGCCUAACAAAGACGGUCAUUUGGACACUGACGCGAUCCAAACUAUCAUCUCUUUCAGGGAGCUGUGUGGUUUAUGUUGGAUGCUGCACGUCCGGGACCAUCUCUCCAUCUCCUGCAGGAAGUAUCAAGCUGCCCGACAGCAUUGCAGUGAUGAGCAGAUCCCCGCUGACUCAGAAGUGAGAUCUAGCUGCGUCGAAGCUCUCCGCUGGGCCCGUCGUUUUCUGCCUUUCUCUAACUUCCUCAAUGCUGAAGAAAUGCUCCAGGACGUGCUGCUCAGCCUCGUGUCGGAACUACCUCCCAUCUCUUUGGUUGCAGACGCGCUGGUGCAAGCCUUCCCAGGAGAGGAAGAGUCUGUCAGAGUCCCGCUGAGAGAAAAGUAUAACUCGCUGCUACAGAGACUGAGGCAAUGCAGUGUCCUUGACGGGGAAAAGGACGAGGCGAAUGAGUUGAUGAUGAUUCUGAUGCAAGACAAACACAGGCAGAGGAGGAAACAUCUUGGGCGUUUGCGGAGGCACCUGGCUCCCCCUGAGCUCCAUCUGUGGGAGAAGGAGGAGGAAGAAGAGGACAGGGGAAGCAAAUAUGGGAUGGCUGCGUUAAGGCAACUCUCACUGGGUACAAGCCUGAGCACCAGUACUUUGACCGACUUUGGGUUUCCCCCAGUGUGCAGUGAUGGAGACACAUCAGAGAAUACAUGUGAUGCCAUCUCCCCUGUACAGCACUCCAGACCCAGACACAAAAAAAAAAGUAAAGUAAGAAACAGAGGAUAUGCUGUGAAGAUCAAAAGCGCCAUUCAGGAGGAGAUUCACCCAGACGAGACUAAGGGGGAUGAGAAGUCCUCCCUACCAGUGGUUGGCACCUGGGAGUUUGAGUUGGAAGACGACGAGUAUCUGAACUUCCUGGAGCUCUUCCUCAGCUACGAGCUGGAGAAGGAUGGUGCUGAUGGAGGGGACCGGGGCAGCGAACUACCUCUGCUGAAGAGCUUCUCUUCCCAGCUGAGGAGGAGAGAGUUGCAUUCUCUCACUUUCGAUGUGCUCACAACUAUUCAUCGCCGUCAUAGAGAUGGCCACCAUCCGGGGAAGAAACACUGGAGCAUUGACCCUCCAGUGUUCAGAGCGGGGUGCUGCUACUUUACACAAGUUACAACGCCUGAACCGCAAACGUCUUCCGUCUGGAAUGAAGCCUCUAUAUCCAGGACCAGCCUUUCUGUCAGCUCCCUUUCUGGGCUGAGAACCGGCAGGCAAAAAGGUUUGUUUGGCCUCCGAAAGCAAAAUGCUGUGCCUUUAGCACAAAGACUGAAAGGAAGUCAAUACGGUUCUGAAACUAGCCCUUUUAAAAGUGCCUUUCCCAUUGGGAAGCCAUCAGAGAGCUUGAUAGCUGGCUCCUCAACUUCAGUGGAGGAUGUAGUUGAACUGCAGCAGGGCCUGGACCAUAAAUUAGAGGCCCAGUUUCCAGAGCUGGGCAGGCUGCUGGAGUGGAUGGUACGCUGGGCGGAUAGGAGGGUGCUCCUGGGACAUCAUGGCAAAAAAAAGAAAGAGAGGGGAGGAAGGGUCGAAGGAACAGCCGACGAAGGAGUAGUGAUUCGUGUCAAAGCCUCGGCGCCUGCUGUCCUCACUUCCCUCAGCUUACUGGAGUGGAGGCACUCUGCUCUACUCGGGUCAGACCGCUACAGUGCCCACAUCCGAGUUCCAGAAUCACAGUGGAGAGUAUCCCCUCUGCUGCAACCUGAAGUGGACAGGAACCUGGAGAGAGAGAGCAGCGUUGAUACGGGCUACCCUGGAUCAGCCAACACUCCCAUCACUGGUCUGGAUCACAAUCAACAGCAAGAAGAACUGUCCAUUGGUUCUUGCACAGAUGAACCAGUGGAGCUGUCGUGUCACAGGGUGCCGCUCCCUAAUAACCAGGAUCAGCCGACCUCUGAUGCUCAGCAGAGACAGUCUAGUCCACAAAAACCUUCUCUCGAUGACUUAGAUGUUACGCCUGAAAAAGAAGGGAAAAGUAGUGGCAGUGACGUGUCAUUCUCUGUUUCGCAUGGAAACAUUCCUGAAAAAGUCUGCACACCAGAAGCGAGUUUAAAGGUUGAGGACUUGGACUUCUCAGAAAACGUUGAAGAUUCAUUCUCUUCCGCCUCCCUAAGCCUACAAGCCCCUCUACACCCAGAGCCCCGAGAUCUGUCUACCGUCCAGCCUGAGGCCUCGGUUCACACAGGGGUUACAGAUUCAGUUGGAGUGCUGUUCCUCAACACACCUGUAGAUCCUCCAAGCCUUCAGCCACAAAGCUCCAUGGCUGGUGCAACCACGGCUGUUUCUACAGCCCCCAAUCACCCAUCAAUCAUUCAGACCCCGCCAGCGAGACAGCAAUUGGGUGAAGACUUAUUUAGAUUGGUUCAGCAUAUCAACUACAUGGGAAUGAUGGAGGUCUUGGGAGCUUCAUUUUCCAGCCUGCAACUUGCCCAGCAGAGCUCAACUCUGGCUCAGUCCAACUUGAAUGCCUCACACCCUCAUGUGCCACCAUCUCAUGUAACCAAUUACAUCCCUCAACCAAAUGCCUUACCCGAUCAAACCACCAUUUCUGUGGCGCCCCAGACACAGUCACGUUUGCCAACUUCAGCAUCCAACAAUCCUCAACCCAGUCAGGCCACUGCAUGUAUGUUUGCAGACCGGCCUGCUUUACAGAUCGCAGGGAAAACCUCCCUAACAGAUGGCCACCCUCAAAUCACCAGGAAUCUGUCCUCCGCUGCCAGUGGUGCCGGUGUAAACGAUCAGGAAAUGCAUCAACUCUCUGUCCAAGUGGAGACAUCAGAAAUCCAGUUUAGACAGAGCAGAGGGUUAAUCCCGUCCGCCCAGGGGCUCCUGGUCACUACUGACGUUAGUCAGGCGGCUCCCAGUGCUCCUGUGGUGCUGCCUUCUGACGGUAGCAUACAAAAUGACACUACUCCCCAUGUCUUUAGCCUGAAAUUAAUUCAGCCUCGGUGUCCUCCGCUGCCCCAGCGGAGCGCCCCACACUAUCCUCCAGCCCAAGAACCCCAAAUGCUGUGCAUUGCAAACCCAGCAACUCCAGAACCCCAUCAGCCCGAGCUUAAACAAAAUCACCAAGUUGCAUCAAAGAGGGCAGAAGAAAGAAGAGUUGGGUCUUCAAGAAGACAGCUCAGUUUUAAUCAUGCACAUGAUCCAGCUCCCACGAACUCUCGACCCCAGAUUCAGACAUCAGACAGGUCCCGGGGACAGGAGUUCACGUCACUCCCUCCUGCUUCACCGGCUCACACGCCGGCUCCAGUGCGGGGCUGUUACCUGCUGCACCUUCAGCCUGCUGCACACAGCAGUCUCCUGCUCCCUAAACUACCCAUUCCAUUUUCUUCUCGGCCCUCUGCUGUCAUCGCAGCUCCAAUGAGACAAACACCUCUGGCCAAGCUCUUACAUCUACAGUCCGCACCAAAAAUGAUUUUGCCACGGGCUGCUCCUUUAGCUCCACAAAUGGGCCGCCUCAACUCUGUGUAUGAGUUGACAAGUACAGUGAUGAAUGUCGAAGAGGCUCAACGGCUGCUGCUCAGAGUGGACGCGACCACUGAAGGCUCCAGAGCAAAUGAUACUUCUCCCAGGCAGCGGAGGAGAGAGGAGAAGGCUGGCAGGGCAAGAAAAACAGUCGUAACAUUCACACCAAAUGAGUCCAUCAUCCCCACGCUGACCGAUGAUUCUGUAAAUGGAGAGUCUGCAGUUGAAGAGGAGAUCACGCCAAAACACGACUUUGCUCUUCCUCUUGGAUCCUUUGAUUCUCUGAUGACUGGUCAGAGAUUAUUGCACAAGGCCGAGUCCACUUCAGCUGAGCUCCAUGCCUUUGCUUCCACAUGUAAAAAACCCCCAGAGUGCCAUGAUGCUUUCACCAACACAGAGCCAGCUUGUCCACCCACUCUUCUGGAUAAAGCUGUGUCUGCCUCUGUGACUACCAGUAUUCCUAAGUCAAAAUGUUCACGGAACUUCCAGAUAUGUGAUGAACUUCUUGUUCAAGAUCUAGAGGAGACCCCGAAGAAACCAGAGAAGAUUCUGCAUGGCCACCAGUUCAUAAGUGUCUUGGAUCUGGACGACAAUGCGCUGCACCAUGAUUUGCCAUUGUGUCUCAGCCCAGGAGAACAGGAUACUCCUUCCAUCCGCCCUCCUUCACCUACAUCCGCUCAGCUUCAUGUUCUUGCAACUUCUGUUAUAAGCGUCGCUGCUUCUGCUGCUGAUCCACAACCAUCAAAAUCGAUCACAGACAAUCGCCUGGAACCCACCACUCACCCAGAUAGCCCUGAAGAUUCUCGGUUACUCAGUUGCACUGAGUCCAAUAAAGAUCCAGAGAGAAUCACUCCACAAGAACUGACAGACCCGUCUGAUUCUCUGAUCUGUCGAGCCAUAAAGAAGCAGAGCGUUGGACCUCACAGAGCCUCCUUCUCACCCCCUACAGUCGAGUUCUCCUCUCGUCUGUCGGAGCUGGACGCCCAGUUGGCCGAACUACACAAAAUUGCAAACAAUCUGGAGAUGGACUUUUCCAACACCAGGAUGCUGGUGAACACCAUCGAAAAGCUCACCCCAGUCUUGGCUCCUGAUGUGAAGAAAAAAAAUGUCAGACUGUCUGUCCCACGGGAAGCGUGGACACCACGAUCUGACUUUUCAACUGAACCAAAGGCCUGUGAAGUGGAAGAGGAAAGUCAGGAUGACAGAUAUUUGCUUCAUAGUGAUUUCCGCGCUCAAGAAGGAAAUUCUUCUUUCAGUUAUUUCACUCCUCACCGUCACAGAGCUGGUCCUUCCUACCUUCAAAGCCCUCCAAACAUGAAAGAUAAUUCGCCUGAUGCAUCUGGAAUAUCUCAUGUUUGGGAAGAUGACAAUCUGGGUCAGACUGGGCUAUCGGAUACUGCAGAAAUCUUAGACGAGUUGAUAAAGGAAGGGUAUUUAUCCCCGACUGACCUGGAUUUGUCCAGUUCACUGACUGCACACCAUAGCAGCCGGCUGCAUCAUCAGCAGAGUAGCUGGGUGUCGCAUGAGAGUGUCCAUCCAGAGGAUAAGAGGGGAGAGCUGAGGAUCUGGAUGAGAAGGAAACAUAGGGAAAGACUGGCUGUUUAUCAAAAAAACAGAGAAAGCCUGAAGGAGAGGGAGCAUAAACCUUUUCCUGGAAAAAUGAAAUCUACUAACAGAAACCGAGCAAGUGCUUGGAGAACUAGAGAGGAAAAAGAAAAGUUCAUGCUUCUGGAGAAUUACAACGAGAGGACCCGUGAAGCUUGUACUCUGGCCAGUGACUUCACCACCACUCCUCCAGUUUUACACAGUUCUUCACAGCCCGCAGGUCCUGCACUUCCUGCCACCACACGGUCCACCUCUGCGCCACCCCCUGGCAGCACUCACAGGGCGUACAGUGCAUCUGCCAAGGACAAAAUUCUUAAGUCCCAGUCAAGACAAACUCAGCCCCUCCUUCGUCCAUGGACUGCUGAGGGGCAGGGACGGCCUCUGCAGGGUCAUGGCAGGAGACUGGGACUGCACAGACCAGUUACCUCUCUGCCAAGGGAUCGUCUGUCUCAGGUGACCAGACGUGGCAUGCUCACUUACACAAAGAGCAACAAUAAACUACACCCGACCAGCCAGAGUGAGGAUCGCCGCGUCGGAUACCAGAGAAGGAUGCCGUUGAACAAAAGACCCUUAGGAGUGACCUCGGUAGGGAGAGGAAUCCAGAGGGAGCAGACAAAACGGGAAGACGGAGAAGAGGAGACCCUUUGGGAGCCCACCUCAGAACUGAAUAGGCUGCUUGGUCAAGAGGACGCUGACAUAGUUUUGGCCGGGCUGUUGGAUGAGCAGGAUGGUGGAGGCGGAGCUGGUGUGUCAGGGCUGGACUGGCUGGACGACCUGUCUGUGAGCGGCGGGAGCAGCCUCAGCAAAAUCGACUGGGCGGCUAUCGAGAGGAUAGUGGCUGCGGAAGAAGACUGAGCUUGAGUGUCUCACUCUUGAAGACGAUUCAUCUCUCAUACAAGAGGUUUCCUCAGUUCUAACUAAAAGUUGUGGUGAACCCCAGGUAUUUAACCUCUGUGGAAUAUGGGCAGUGUUAAUGCUCCAGACUGUUAUAACGAGGCUAGUUAGAAUAAGCAUUUAAGCAUUUAGAGAAUCCUAACAGCUUUUAUCAUGGCUGCUGAUCAAAUACUUCCGGGUCACUUCAAGAUUUAAGAAACUUCCUAAGCCAAUUUGACAAUUCGACCGUAUCCUCAGCCUUGGAAGUGGGAGAAAGGAUGGUGUCUCAGGCCUCCUCCUAGGUUGAGGGACGAUUUCUCUAUUUUAACAUCGAUGGCUUCCUUCACUCCUCUUUCAAACCAUCCAUCUUACCUGUCCAGAAUAUAUACAUCUGUGUUUGUAAAGGAGCGUCCCUUGUCCUUUAGAUGUAGAUAAAACAGCUGAAUCCCGCCCUGAGGAGCUGGCUCUCCUGUGUUGAGCCAUGCGUUCGUUUAGUGGUUGUUUAGUUUCUCCAACAUACAAGUUGGCACAUUCCUCGCUGCAUUGUCCUGCAUAUACUACAAUUACAACCAAGUCCAAUUGCUCCUGAUUCAACAGCCCCUUCGACAUGCUCACGAUAAAGUAGAUAGUACAGUAUAUUACUGGGAGAGUAAAAAAAAACAAAGAUUUUAUGUGCCUAUUAGAUAUGCUAUGAAUCAGAAUCAUUAUAAACUGUGAAAAUAAGGAUUAUAAUUCAGAUAUUUUAUACAUUAGAUAUGAUCAGUUGUGAUAUAAAAUAUGUCAAGACAGCUAUGUUUUUCUUUUUAUAGAGUAUGCCUGCUAUUAUACGUGAUUUAAUCACUUAAAUAUAUAAAACAAAUAAUUUGCAAUAGAAUAUUGUGCCAUUUGAGUUUGUGUGCAAAAUUUUCUAGAUAUAUAAAUUAUUUUUGUACAGACCCCACUUCUAAAUAACUGAAAUAAAAC